UCCACGAAUCAGAGGCGACGCGUCUUUCGCCGCGACUCGCGCAGGAAGCGCCGCCAUGGCUCUUCCCGCCCGCUGAGACGCCGCUGCUGCCGAAAGGGCUGCUCAGAUGAGCAGUACUGGACCCAGCCCAAUGUCAGCUGUUCCAGCUAGCAGUGGAAGAGGGUCUGGGAGAUCAACAAACUUUAUUCUAGAAUUGCAAAGUAUGAUGUUUUCCUUAGGAGAUGCUCGCAGGCCCCUACAUGAAUCAGCAAUAUUGGUUGAAGACAUUGUUCACACUCAACUGAUUAAUUUGUUGCAACAAGCCUCUGAAGUGUCUCAGAUGAGAGGUGCUAGAGUAAUCUCUGCAGAAGAUCUUAUUUUUUUGAUGCGCAAAGAUAAGAAAAAACUUCGAAGAUUACUUAAAUACAUGUUUUUCCGAGAUUACAAAUCUAAAGUUGUCAAAGGCAUUGAUGAAGAUGAUCUUCUUGAAGACAAAUUCAGUAGCAGCACUAACAAACGUCAGAAAACUGCUCAAGACUUUCUUACUUCUAUUGAUCAGACUGGGGAGCUCUUGGCCUUGUUUGAAGAUGAUGAGAUAGAUGAUGUAAAGCAAGAAAGAAUGGAGAGAGCAGAAAGACAAGCAAGAGUGAUGGAUUCAGCACAAUAUGCAGAAUUCAGUGAAAGCCGUCAGUUGAGCUUUUCCAAAAAAGCCUCCAAAUUUCGAGACUGGUUGGACUGUAGUAGCAUGGAAAUAAAACCAAAUGCAAGUGCUAUGGAAAUGCUGGCUUAUUUAGCAUAUGAGACAGUAGCACAGCUGGUGGAUUUGGCUCUUUUGGUCAAGCAGGAUAUGAUACCGAAAACUGGUGACCCUUUUAGUCAUGCAAUAUCUGCUACUUUUAUUCAGCAUCACCAUUCUGAGAUGCAUAUUUUAGGGCAGACUGCAAGUAUGAAAAGCAAUCCAGACUCACCAGAUAAUACUCCACCACCAACACCAACCCUGCCAUCAAUGGGCCCGCAGUACCUUGGGAAAAUUCAGUCUGGGACUAUGGGGAAUGGCAGUACUGGACAAGAUUCCUCCAAAGUCAAACAGCGAAAGAAGAAGAAAAGUACUGCAGCUUGUGGUGCAGAAGCCCAAAGUGAUGCCAUCCAGCCUGCCCACAUCAGAGAGGCCAUUCGACGCUACGGCCACAAGAUUGGACCCCUUUCCCCUUACACAAGCGCCUACCGCAGAAAUGGGAUGACUUUUCUGGCUUGCUAAUAUGGAUGUGCCUACAGCAACAGGAAAGAAGACAGUAUUAUAUUAAGGACGGACUCAUUGCCAAAAGUUGCUGCUGUACAGCUAAUCAUAAGAGCCAAGGACUUAAAGAGUCCAAAUACUGGACAUUCACCAUAACCAGCCUUAUACGGAUCAAUCUCUUUAGAAGUCAAUGUUUAGAUGUGGUUACUUUACUGAAUUAUUGCAAUUGAUAUAUUCAGUAUUAUGCUUUCCAUAGUGGCAUAAUUAUACUUUAAAAACAUUUUGCAUGUCAUUUUUCUGGAAUUGAUCUGAUGUUAAAGAACUAAAAAUAGUGUAUACAGUAAAGAAGAAAACCCAUUGCUGAUGUUCUGUCUGUGCUUGCUGAAAUGUAUGAUUAAACCUUUCUUUUUAUCAUGAUUUCUUAUUUUUCUUGGCAUCCAUAAUGAUGGAAAAUUAUAUGCUUGCUGUAAACAUCCAGACUUUUUAAAGGACACCAGCAUUUAUUGUAUUUGGUUUCGAUCUGCAGGCAUAUAUGCAAAAAGAAAACAUUUUAAGCCAAGAAUACUGGAAUAAAAAUUCUUUCUCUA